CUUUUUCCGAGUUGCUGUAAACAAGAGGGAAUUUUCAACUUUUUUGCACAAACUCGUGAAUUUUGUGAAAAGAAAGAGGUGUUAAGCGCAAAUUUGAGGCCUAGGAAGCUGGAUCCCAGAGCCGGACUGCCAUAAAUCAUCACUGAAGCAGCAGGAGGAAGAAUAAAGCACGAAGGGAAGAAAGGAGCAAAAACCAAAAAAAACAGAUUACUUAACGAAGAAAAGGUGGCUUCUCGUGAGUUUCGUGCGUGCUGUGCUAUCCCCGGGAACCUUUUCUGUGCUAGAUUACUGUUUGCGGAGACGGUGGGAGAGGGUUAGUAAAAAUAGUUUUCCAUCGACGGCCGUCGUUGCAUCGGAAUCUCGGCCACCGCAGUCCCGCGCACAAAAUGGCUCGCUCCAUAAGCCCGGGGGGAUACUCGAACUACGAGGACGACUCGCUGUUCCAGAACGCCGCCUUCACGCACGACAUCAGUGAGCAGAUGCGCGUUCCGAAGCGGAUCCGGGCCACCGGAGACUACUUCGAUGAUCACGAGCGAGAUGUGCUGCCAAACGGGAACGGAGAAAUCAACUCGUGGAACUACCAUAACAAGAUCGAUAUGACCGUACCGGACCGUAUCGUGGUGCUUGGCCAGGAUCAGCAUUUGGUUCUUACGUCAGGCACGAAAUCGGCUCCGCGAGAGAUCAUGCUGGAGAAUUCCAUCCUGCCGAAGGAUCCGGGGUUCGUGCGGGUGUCCACACCGCCCCGUGUGAUCACGCUCAACGAGCACCACUUCCCGUCGGCCUCCGAUGAGCCGGAAGAGAACGCCAAAGAUCUCGAGCAGGAGGAUGACUACGGGCCGGCUUCCCUGGAAUCGCUCGAAGACCCCAACAACAGCCAGGUGUUCUACUCGCGACCGUCGGCCUCUCGUGCUGGCCACUCCCGAGAACCUACCGCGAAGCGAUCCGCAUUCUCCAAGUACAACAAUGAGCUGACACUGACCAGAAGCAUGCGCGAAGAAACACCAACAUUCGGUGGCAGCCUGGAGAACCUAACGCCCUCCGAGGAAGUAACGCACUUACGGCGCCAGGUGGCCAAGAUCAACCGGCGCCUACUGGCUCUUGAGCUGGAUUCGGUGCAGAUGCAGCAGCGAGAAAAGAUCAUGUACUGCGUCGGCAUGGCGUACCUGCUGUUCAAAACCUUCGUGUGGCUAAGCCGGAAAUAGAGCGGUCAUGGCCAUGGCAUGAAGCGUAUGCAGCGUCCAAGAAAGGAACAACGUUCGUUACUGCUUUCAGCACCGCGACGCGACAUGAAUUGGUUUUUUGGGUUACAGGAGCGGGGUUUCUUGUCUUUAUGUGAUGGUGCAAACUAAUGGAGAUUUGGAAAAAUAUGCGAAUGGGAACACCACGCGGCGACAUCCGUCGGUCGGUCGGUUAUUUCUCGUCAGUGGUACAGAUUUAAAGACGAAAGUAUUUCCAUAAACACAACCUAUGCUAGAUGAAUAGAUUUCCCAAGA